GUCGGAUUUUGGUGCAGCCUGGGUUUUGGACAAGUUCCGGAUGAGCGCAACAUUUUGGCCAUCUCAGCUGCCCGAUGUACCUCCCACUUCUUCAGGGCUCCGGGCCAGCUGCCGACGUGCGGCGCAAACUUCACGUGCGGCAUGACUGCGGAGAUGCGGAGACGCCCUCGUGGGGCUGUCGCGUCUUCAUACUGGCUAUGAUGGCAACGGGCGUUUUGCCGGCUGCUUUGCUUGGUGUUUGGUACUGGCAAAUGGGAGCCGGACCAGUGCAACCAGUGCAGCCAGCAAUUGGUCUGGUGCAAACCCCAAGUGCCCCAUCGAAGGCGCCCGUGGCGGCCUUCCUUAGAAACAGUGCAAACAGUUCCAGUCCAAUCAGCCUUGCUAACCUGGCCGGCUCAGGCUAUGGUGGCACGGGUGGCACGGGUGGCACGGGCGGCGACAGUGGAACAGGCAGUUAUGAGAAGAUUCAAGGCGUCAUCCAUGCCAAGAUUAACCAGGAGAACUUCCUGGAGGCAUGGGGCGAAGCUGCAAGCAGCUCCGCCCAUUUGCUGGGCGUAGUUGCGAGGGGCGGGAAGGUAGAGGCCAGCCAGGGCAUCGAGAUUGCCGGCGGAGUCGUGAGUGCGUUGACGUCGCUGAAGAUCAUGGACCCUGUGUUGGGAUUUGCUCUUGGCAUGUUCUCCUCGUUCUUCAGCGCAUUCUAUGAAGAGGGGCCCGAUAAGUACAUCAUGGACAUAGUCCAGACGGUGGUGCCCGACCUCAUAGAGGAUGCCCUCGUGAAGCAAACGCUACAGAGGGCUGAGGACAAUCUCGGGAACUUCCAGGAGGACGAAGACAUGUGGGACCAACUUGCCAGAGCUGACCCAGCCGCGCGCAAGUUUCAGUGCUACAGCAAGAUUCCAAAUUACAACAAUGCCAGGCCAGACAUGUUCGGAGACUGCUGGCAUGGUGCCGCAGACUACCCUGUCUCAGAGGGUUGCUCAAAGUUUGUACUUGGCGGCGGAAUCAAGGCAGCGAACAUGUUUGCGUUGACCCACAUCAACGUGCUCCGAAGCUGUGCUUCAGCUGACAACAGCGGCGCUGACGCAUACAUCAACGAAGCCCACAGACUUCGUGCAGUGUAUAUGCUGCUUCUGAGGCAGACGGUGGGCUUCUUGGUUCGCGAGUGGAAGGAAAAGAUGCCCAGCCCAAAGAUGCUCACGUAUGUCAGUGAUGGUGUGUUCGCUGGCGGUGAAUGCACAGGAUGGUGGCCCACUGAUACCGUGGACCCAGUGACUGGCAAGAGGUUUGUGCAGGAUUGCAAUCUUCCUGAGGCAGACUGUAAUUUCGUUGGCUACGAUGAAAUGAACAAACCCAUAGAUGAUUGCACAAACGCGUACAAAGAACGCACCUUCUCAAACUUCGAGCAACAAUGGCUAUUCGCCAACCAGUUUCUGUUGGCAUACAAGCCGCCUACAGCUGCAUCGACGGCAAGAACACUUAUACCGCUCUGAGACAGAGACACCUUCCCAACGUCCAGACUCUGGCAGACUGCGCCGCCCAAUGUGACCUAGACAAAAGCUGCGUGCAUUUCGUCUUAGUGCCGCCUUCGGAUGCGGGGACGGGCUGCUGGCUGAAGGAGACAGGUGCAUCGUUUACGCCAGACUCACCAGACUAUAUUGUUUGCCAGCCGCAAGAUGAGAACGUCUUCGGGCACUUUGAAUGUCAUCUCGAUGUUUAUUACGGGGGUGGUUCACUGAUCAACUACGAUGUGCAUGAUGACCACGCCUGCGCCUCUUUGUGCUUGCAGCACUCGGAUUGCAAAGCCUUCACAUCUACACAAGGAGGAGGUUGCUGGCUCAAACAGGAUUGGGAACACUACGACUUCAUCCAGCUCGACGGAAGCAAUGAGCACCCGCGCAGUUGUGCAAGGCGACCCUAGAUGGCCUGGAACAAGCACUCCGACGGCUCUGUAAAGUGUGCUUGUAGAGUAGCAUAGUGCUAUGCGUUUUUAAAGUAAAUCAAGCUUUGAAGCUUGGUGUUGCAGAAGGGUUGCCACUACAAAGGUAGUGGCCACUUGUGUCUUCCUUACACUGAGUUGGAGGGAGUAACACCUUUGCCGGACACUCGGAGCCCCCC